GUGCCCCGGAACAGCCCUCUGAGGGGCUCACACGUGCCCUGAUCUCAUGGACAAGAAGCAGGCAGUCUGGUAAAGGUCAGAGAGCAGAGGGACCAGCCAGUGCCAAGGCCCUGAGGUGAGAAACUGCAGUGUGUGCCAGGGCCCCAGAGAAAGCUUUCCGGGAUCUGUUAGGGGCAGGGGGACCUGGGUGGAAGGUGGGCAUGGGCCUGACCACGGAGAUCUUUGCAGGCCAUGCAAGGAGUUUGAAUUUAUUCAGGACACAGCGGGAGGCCUUUGCAGGGUUCCAGACCGAGGGAACGCUGCUUCCUUCUCCCCGAGCCCGCGAGUGCUGAGCCGGGCGUGCACAGUUCACCCAGAGCAGGGACUGACUCAGUGCUGCUGGCAGCGGGAGCAGGGGGAUGACAGUCUGUCCGCAAUUACCUUUGACUCUGACUUUGAGACGAAGGCAAAAAAGAAAAGUUUCCGCAAACCUCCACCUCCAUCACCAAAGUCACCUUAUCACUCUAAGCCAAGAAAAGUGGCAUCCUGGCGGUCUCUGAGGACAGCAACGAGCAUGCCUCUUGGUAACAGAAUGUCGUUGACCCCACAGACGCUGUGGCUGGGAAGCUCAAAGCAAGGAGGUCUGACCCCACCCCUGAAAUCAGAGCUCAGCUUGGAGCACGCAUGGACCAGCCCUCCCCGCAGCACUCCCGACUAUCUGACAGAAGCUUUGAGAAGGAGGAGGUCAGACCUCAGGCGUUCUGCCAGCAAUGGUCACGUUCCUGGGACCCUUGUCUACCGAGAGAAGGAAGACAUGUAUGAUGAGAUCAUUGAGCUGAAGAAGUCGUUACACAUGCAGAAGAGUGACGUGGACCUGAUGAGGACGAAGCUUCGGCGCCUGGAAGAGGAGAACAGCCGAAAGGACCGGCAGAUAGAGCAGCUUUUGGAUCCGUCCCGAGGCACGGAUUUUGUUCGGACUCUGGCAGAGAAAAGGCCUGAUACCGGCUGGGUCGUUAAUGGGCUAAAGCAGAGGAUUCUCAAGCUGGAGCAGCAGUGCAAGGAGAAGGACAACGCUAUCAACAAACUGCAGACUGAUAUAAAGACCACUAACUUGGAAGAGAUGAGGAUUGCCAUGGAGACGUAUUACGAGGAGAUUCACCGUCUCCAGACUCUGUUGGCAACUUCUGAACCUACGGGAAGAAAGCCUCCAGUGGAGAAGAAAAUCAGCCUGAAAAGGCAGAAGAAGAUGAGCAGCGCCCUCCUGAGCUUGUCCCGGAGCGUCCAGGAGCUCACGGAGGAGAACCAGAGCCUGAAGGAGGACCUGGACCGCGUGCUGAGCAGCUCCCCCACCGUCUCCAAGACAAAGGGUAUCUGCCCGAGAGCCACCCAAGGAGGGAGACACGAGGAGAGAGGUUACAUGGAGUGGAGUAAGCCCCGGCUGCUUCGACGGAUCUCGGAGCUGGAAAAAAAAAUAAGUUUGAUGGAAAGCCCAAAGUCUCCCGCUUCGGAAGUGGUCCAGGCAGGCUUCCCGGCUGACUCUUCAUCCAGCUCCACCGUGCACAGGCAGCCGCGAUCCGACCGCCAUGAGGAGGGCGAGCGUCUCCGGGGGGCCGUGAAAAGUCUGAAGGGCGAGCGGAACGCCCUGCAAAGCCAGCUGCAGGAGAAAGAGUUGGAAGUGAAGCAGCUGCUGCAGACAAAGGCUGACUUACAGAAGGAGCUGGGAAACAUGAAGGAAGGUGAGAAGGAGAGAAGAGAAAGAGAGGAGGCUUUGAGAGAGGAAAUUCAGACACUUACCAAGAAGUUUCAAGAGCUGGUAGAACUCAAGAAAGAAGAGAAAGACGACGUCCCGGAAGUCACUCCUGAGAGCCAAGAAGAGCCCCAACCUUCCCGUCUAGCCAGCAGCCCCGCUCAGCAGGACGCCGAGCCCCAGGCGAGUGGGGAGGGCUCCCGGGCCCGCUCCCCUGGCUCCGAGGGGAGGAGAGACACCGCUGCCCGGCUCCUGCAGGCCCGCUGGAAGGUGUACAGACACAAGAAAAAAAAGGCUGCUCUGGAUGAGGCGGCUACUGUGCUCCAGGCGGCUUUCAGGGGACACCUAGCGCGGGCGAAGCUGCUGUCGAGCAAAGCGUGUGGUUCAGAAUCUCCCAGCGUGCCGAGCCUCCCCAGCCAGAACUCUCCCUUACCCUGCUCUGCGAGCCCCGUCGUCGAGGCCGAGGGUGACCCAGGGCAAGAGGAGGCCAUUACCGUCAUCCAGUCUGUUUUCCGGGCACACCUGGCACAGGCUAGGCUCAGUGCUGCCAGCCACAGAGCUGCCACUGCCGCUCCCCCCAGGAGGAGGUCUGCCUUGGCCGCACCCCGCGAACCCUCCUCUCCACCCUGCCCUGCAGCUUCUCCCGGUCAGGAAGACAGUGAAGUGAGCAGUGGGGAGACCGUGGAGGGACCAGCUGCUGAGGACGAAGCGCCGAGGCCGUGGGGGCCAGGGGAGCCGGCCGCCCCGCAGCCCUGCUCUGCUGAGUCCUCUCCCACCGGGCUGCAGCCCAUGGCGCCUCCACCCCCAGAUGACGUCCACUCCGACGACUCGGACGAGAUUGUCAUGGCUCCAUCUCUGCCCACGAGGAAGAGCGCCCCGCCACCCUAGGCCCCCGGUCUGCCCUGGUGGUGAUGCUCUGUGGGGGGGUUGGGGCGAAGCGGGUAUACGAACUCAAUGGAAAGUAAUUUAUCUUUUAGGAAAAGAGCAGUGCCUACUCAACACCACA